AUGCCAACCUACCCUAUCCGGCGUCGACCGCGCGAGUGCAAGACGUGUAUGCCAUGUCGCGCCAGUAAAGUUCGCUGCGACCGCAAUGUGCCCUGUGGCAAUUGCGUGAAGCGCAAUUUUUCUUGUUCCUACGGUCGCCCAGCGGCGAAGCUACCAGACCCUUCAUCGAUCGAUAUGGCCUCUUCAUCUCUACAGUCUUCCUUCGCGCCGGCAAUUGCCCCCGCAUCUACCUAUGCCGUUCCUCCUCCCGAUGCUUCUUAUCCUGCCGAUCAACCGUCCGUAUCUAGCGAGGAUCCGGAUCCAGAUUUACCAGAGGUUAUCGACAUAUCGCAGGCCGAGUGGAAUGAGAUUAACACCAAGAUGGUUGCCAUGGAACAGAUCAUCGGAAGCCUUCAUUCUCUUUUCCAAUCUCAUUCGUCGCGCAAGCCAAUAGAGGAAUCUUCGUCGAAGAGGAAAGAUUUUGACCGGUCAGAGGGUGUCUAUGGUUCGAACUCAUUGAGCACGGGUGCUGUCCAUCUGGGAUCUCGGUCGGCAUUGGUGGAUAUCCUGAACAAUUCAAGGGUCGAUGAGGACACGGCGCAGGCAUUACGCCAGGAAGACCUACUGGCGGACCUGGCAUUGGGGAACGACUCGGUCGCGUAUCCGUUCGUGGAUCUGUGGUCUUCCGAUCCAUACACUUUCAACAUCGCUGGGGUGUGCGCUGUCCUGCCUGAUGAUGAGCAAUGUCGGCGAUUCAUCUCAUUUUAUAAAGAUAUUGGCUCGGUAUUAUACCCCGUACUUACAGAACACGACAACCUUGAGCAAAAAUCAUACCAGUUACUCGAGGGAAGACGAAAGGCCGGGGGUGAAUAUAAGCCAGAUGCCAAUGGAUUAGUUAAACCAUAUGGAAUGGAUUUGGUAUUUCUCAGCUUGUUCUUUGCGGUGCUCGCCUCAGGCUGUCAACUAUCAGAUCUGCCUGCGCGAGACCGUGAACUGACAUCAUGGGUAUACGUCUCUUGUGCAUAUCAAUGUCUGCGCAUGUUGAAUUAUGUCUCCCAACCCACAGUGGAAAUCAUUCAAAUUCUUCUUAUAAUCAUCAAUGUCUUGUCGUAUAACAUGAACGCUGGCGCAUCAUACACCUUGCUUGGCAUGACGGAGCGAAUGUGUCUCUCGCUUGGACUUCAUGUUGAGUCCACAGGCUUCUCUUUUGUGGAGCAAGCGGUGCGACGGCGCGUAUGGUGGACAAUGGCCUUUCAGAACAGUCAUUUCUCACUUGCGUAUGACAGACCAUCCAUCACCAUGGUCAGUCAACCGGAAAUCCCGUAUGAUCCCAAAUCCAUGCCCGGACAUCGAAACUACUUCGAAACCCUCUGUCGAGUGGUAUCACUCUCUCUAGAAGUUUUGCGAUCUCGAAUGUAUCCGGGUUCGCAGCAGCCACGAUUUAAUGAGAUCCGCGAAUACAAACAGCGGAUGCAGCGCAUCCUCGCCGAAGCUAGCCCGCACCUUCGUCGUCGCGAUCUCUGUCGGACCCUAGCUGAGCAUAUUGAGCGCACCGAGUUGCGCCUCCAUUCCUCGUAUCUCCUUUCCGUUUUGUGUCGCAUAUCAUUAGACAAACGAUCGCAUUUAGAAGAACAACGACGAGCGGUAAUCCGAGAAGACUGCAUCGACAGUCUCAUCAACACCAUCGAUGCAUUUGUUGACUUGCAUGAGAUCAACUCUCACUGCUCUCGGUCAUGGAUCAGCCUCCAACGAUCGAUUGCAUCGGCUUUCUUGUUGGUGACCAACGAUGACGGUGUGCGAACGUGGGAGCUUAUUGACCGACUGGAGAAAGUUCUGGCCGAUCAUGUAUAUGAAAAUGGAGAUGCAGACCAUAACACUCACACCGACUCCGCCAAGCACCUGUCUUCGUCACUCCGUGCUCUGCGUGAGAUCCGCGGGGCGUUCUCUGCGCGCCGAGGUGUAUUCGUCUCUUCGAUACCCGGCCAAGAAGAAGCAUUACAAUUAUCCAAUAUGUCUUCAUCGGCAUCCAGGAAUUAUGCUCCGCAGACGCUGCCAAACCUCGCCGCAUCUCCAGGCUCUGCGCCUCGAUCUGAGAUUUACCACAUGCAGAACAUCUUGGAUCAAGUAUCGGAUGUCAUGCUUUUCCCAAACAUGAACGGGAGUAGCCCAACAGUACCGGAAAUCUGA